GUGGGAGGAGCGAGAAAAAGCAGGAAGAAAAUACUAGCAGGGACCUGCUCCAAUACUUUUGAAAUGCAUCCUUCCUUUCCCUUUCUACUUUCCUUCUUUGAGAUUAUUGAUAAUCUGUUUGAAUGGCAAAUACUAUAGACAUAUAGGUGAGGUUUGGGUCGUUAUUGGUGACACUGUAAUGAACAAUCCAACUUUGUAGAAAAAUAACAAUUGCAGUAGCAGUAUUUUAAAACAAUGGACAAUUGUCUGUCCAUUGCAAAGUUUGCAAUUUUUUUCUAGGAAUGCUGUCAAAAUUAAUGUUUGGUAUGCAAGAUUGCAGUUUUUACCUACCGGAAUCAGACUGCACCAAUUAAUUAAGACAUGCUUAACAACAUUAUGUAUAUACUGCCUCUUAAUCACGGGCAAGUCAACAUAAGUUAAUAACUGUACAGAUGUACUGCAUCAAUGACAAAGGUGGGCCGGGCAGAUGACAAACUCAGACGAAUGAGUCAUGUCAUAAAGUUGGGUAUUUUUCUUCCUUAUCUUUUACUUUUGCAAGGCAUGCUGACUCAGAGGAGUGGCGUGUCUCUUUAACUGCAAUAAAUGGCUGGCUCCUGCAUUUAUAACCAAGUGGGAAAGUAGUAUUUACCACAUAUACAACUGGUAAAGAUCCAGUUGAAUGGCCCUCCAACUGGUAAUUACUAUUGGGAAGCUCAUCUGUCAUCCCUGAGCUCUAACUUCUCCCACAUGCUGAACUCUGACAUCACCUACUAAGGAAAAUACCUUGAUACCAGCAUUUUCGGAAGUACAUUUUCUUUUUAAUUGAACUUUAUUUUAUCAGUGAGUCAUAUUGAGACCAAAGUUUAUUUGACAGAUUAGCCUUGAAUUACAGAAAAUACACAAAUGUAAAUACAAAAUGCAAGCAGAAAGAAAAACACAGUCAUAAAAAACAAACACAUUCAUCAGUAAUAAGGUCCUCAAUCAGCUUUCUGAAUUGGCCUAGAGACCAAUUGUUCCACAAUUAAGGUGCAAGAAAACUCAGUAGAGACCAAAGGAAUUUCCAGAGUUAGCCAUCCCUGAAACCGGGUGUGGUAGCUCGUAUGUCUAAAGUUUAGUAAUGAUGUUAAGUACAGUGGGUCUUUUUGUAAAAGAGCUUUAUAAAUGAAAACGUAACAAUAUAUCAACCUACGUGACAUCAAAGAGGGCCAACCAACAUUCUAGUAGAGAAUUCAGUGAUGAGUACUAAAAUUGUCGCCCGUAAUAAAUCGCAGUGCGUUAUUAUAAGCUGCAACUAACAGCUUUAAUGAAGUGGCAGCUGCAUUUAUAUAGAUGAUGUCGCCAUAGUCUAGGACCGAUAGGAAUAUCUACUGAAUAAUAUGCUUUCUACUAAACCCAUUUUUAUUCUCAGUUUAUUCUCAUGCAUUCAAUUCAUAUUCACAACUUCUCAACUCGUAAUUACCAUCUUCCCAUUUGGUUAUAAACACAACAUUAUUACUGCUUAUUACUGCCCACCUUCAGACUCAUAAAGACAUCACAAGUCAUCAAGGCAAGUGUCCACUCCCUUCAGAGUAAAAGCUACACCCCAGUCUUUCAGGAACUUGUUGUAAGCCAGAUGUAAAAGGACUGUUAUUGGGGAUGAUGACUAAAAUUAGUUGGAUUGUAACAAUUUUGGGGAGAAACUUUGCACAGAUAAAGCUUAAGAUCAAGAGAAAUGGCAACCAGAGAUUCAUCAACAUGUGACCUGAAAGUUAUCCUUCUUGGCGGCAGAAACUCUGGGAAGAGCGAAGUGGGAAAUGUGCUGCUGGACAGGGAGGAGUUUGUCAUCAAGGAGCGGACCACGUGCUCUAGGAGGGUGGGAGAGGUGGCAGGUGGGUGGGUUACUGUGGUGGACACACCUGGCUGGUGGUGUGACUUCAAGGUGCAGGACACGCCUCAGCUGGUGAAAAGGGAGAUAGUGCGCAGUGUCUCUCUGUGCACCCCAGGACCCCAUAUUUUCCUUAUCGUCAUUAAGACACACUCAGUGUUCUGUGAGAAGCGUCGCAGGGCUGUAGAGGAGCACCUGGCCCUCCUCAGUGAGAGAGUAUGGAGUCACUGUAUGGUCGUCUUCACCUGCAGUGACUGGCCUGGACACAUGCACAUGGAGCAGCAAGUCAAGACAGGAGGCACGGCCCCCCUGUGGCUGGUGGAGAAAUGCAGUCAUAGGUAUCACUGCCUCAACAUGAAGAGUGGACCAGGUGGAAAUCAGGUCACAGAGCUGUUCAGGAAGAUGCAGAGACUGGUGACAGAAAAUAGUGACAGAUAUUUUAAAAUGGAGGGACUGCUUUUACAAGAGGUGGAGGAAAAGAAGAGGAUAGUGGAGCAAAGGGCUCAGCAGAGAUUGAUGAAGAUGCAGAAACAGAGAUCUCUGCUCAAUGGGGAGUCAUGUCAUCUCUCCGAUAUCAGAGUCGUGCUGCUUGGAGCUCGGGGCUCAGGGAAGAGUUCAGCAGGAAACACCAUCCUGGGUCAAGGGGGAAGCUUUCAGGUCAGAAGGAGAACAGCACAAUGCAUGGUGGCAGCAGGGGAUGUUGCCGGGAGACAAGUCACUGUGGUGGACACUCCAGGCUGGUGGAUGAAUUACUUCUCUCAGGAUAGUCCUGUUUUUGACAGACAGGAGAUAGUGUGUAGUGUAUCUCUUUGCUCCCCUGGUCCACAUGCCCUCCUGCUGAUGGUGCGUGUGGACCGGUCCUUCACAGAGACCUACAGGAGAGCUGUGCAGGAGCACCUAGAGCUCAUCACAGACACAGUCUGGGCUCACAUCAUCGUCCUGUUCAACUUUGGGGACUGGCUGGGAGACACAACCAUCGAGCAGCACAUUGAGAGUGAGGGGGAGGCCCUCCAGUGGCUUGUGGAGAAGUGUGGCAACAGGUAUCAUGUCCUCAACAAUAGAAGCAACUCAGGAUUUCAGGUUACGGAACUGAUGAGAAAGAUUGAGGAACUGAUGUCAUGCAACAGCAGUUGUUACUGUAAGAUUGAGGGUGGGAUUCUGCAGGAGUUGGAGGAGAAGAGGAGGGAAGAACAGAAAAGAGCAGGGGAGAGACUGACGAGGAGGCAGAAACAAAGAGAGACUGCCAGAUCUCUAUUAGGGGAGCUCUACUGUCCCUCAGAGCUGAGAAUAAUGCUGCUGAGUGGCCGCAACACAGGCAGGAGCUCUGCUGGAAACACCAUCCUGGGCAGAGAGCACUUUAAAGUAGGGUGCCAUGCCACUGACUGUGUGGAAGGACAAGGAAAGGUCAGGGGUAAGACUGUGACAGUUUUGGACCCACCAGGCUGGCUGUCAGUGGGUCCUGGCUCCCUGAUGUCUCCCUCAGCCUCUGGGGUAACUGUGGUCCUAGUGGUUGUGAAUGUGAGCUCCUCCUUCAGCCACACUGUCUGGAGAACAGCAGAAAAACACCUGGAGGCGCUCGGAGAGAAAGUAUGGAAUAGAACCAUGGUCCUAUUCAGCUUUGGGGACUGGCUGGGGGACACGACCAUCGAGCAGCGCAUUGAGAGUGAGGGAGAGCCCCUCCAGAGGCUUGUCGAGAAGUGUGGCAACAGAUACCACGUGUUGGACAGUAAGAACCAGGGGACUGGUGCACAGGUCACUGACCUGCUACAGAAGAUAGAGGAGAUGCUGGUGGAGGAGAGGUUGGAGGUUCUACGGAGAAGAGAACAGGUUGGGAAGAGUCUCACAGUGAUGCAGGAGCCAGAGAUGGAUGGAGUGAUGGGAGAGGGCAUAGAGGUCCUUGUAGCAAACCACACAGACGCUCCCUUUCAUGAUGCGUGUGAGGUGGCUAGUUCAGAGGACCUUCUAACCCCAGAUGACUCAGGAGCCCCAGACUUUGGUGGACAGGAAUUGGCACUACCAGAGGCCAGCGGAGGAUGGUGGACUGAAGCAAAUCACUCCAUCCUUGAUGUGGAGGGGUUUCUGUCCAGCAUGGCCAGUGUGCUUCAGGGGAAUCAGGAGGGGCUGAUGUGGAACAUGGGGGGCAGACAGACACUAGUGGUGAACCUCCCAGACUGUCUCCACGCUGGACCUACUCAGAGCCAUCAUCUGAGAUGGAAUGGACAGAAUGGUAGAAAACCGGUCACCCUGUUCUCUCCAGGACACCAAGCUCUCCUCCUGGUCCAGCAACCCAAAGAACCAGAAAGAAUGCUGGUGAAGAACCAGGAAGACAUAGUGGAUAUACAGUCCCUUGGUCACCCCAGGCUGAGGCAGGACCCUCAAGGAGAUUGCCAGAACAGGAGGCCUGCAGGCCUUGAUUGACCAAUGGGAGAACAGUAAUUUGGAGGAGCUUGAAGCCUUCAUUGACUCCUAUUUUGAAAUGGUGUGGAAGAAAACCAUGGGGUCUUUCA